AUGAGUCUUUCAGAACUUGAAUAUGAAGAGGUGAAAGGAUUUGGGGAUUUGGGGUUUGUUUUCUCAGAGGAAGAUAGGAAUUCAAGCUUGGGAUUGGUCAUUCCUGGAUUGCAUAGAUUAGGUAAUUUGGAAGAAUUAGAAAAAGAAGAAGGAGAGAAGAAGAUUUUGGAUGAAUCAUCAAAGAUUUCAAGGCCUUACCUUUCAGAGGCAUGGGAAGUUUUGGGUUUGGACAGAAGAAGGGAAGAAAUUAAGCCAUUGUUGAGGAAUUGGAAGUUGCCUACUUACAGGAAUGAAGCUGACAUGAAAGAAAACCUCAGGUGGUGGGCUCAUACUGUUGCUUCCACUGUUAGAUAA